AAUUCUGCAAGUGGUUCUAAUUUACUAUCGCUGUUCUCUAGCUGGUCUAAAACCGAUUUUGACCUAAAGGGACGCUUUUUGGAUGCCAUGGACGUUUCUCAGUUUCCAGGCAGAAAGAACAGUAAAAAUGCAGGCAGGGCACAGGACAAAGCACUCGGGACAAAAUGUAUGUGAAAUGGUUUGAUACAUGAACGUCACUUUUUGUCAUUUUCAAAUUUCCCGCCGUUCCGUGCCCGUACGUCCCGACGUCGCAGGGAACGGAACCCAGAAAACAGAUGCCGGCAUCUGCUGGAGGACAUUACAGGGGACACUGCAGGAGGGACAU